CAGAAUCUCAAGUAUAAAACGCUGCAUUUCCCCCCCCUCGAUUGUAUCUUCCCAUCACAACACCAACACACCAUCCAUCAUGAAGCCAUCUCACAUCCUCCUCCUGCCAGCCUCGCUCGGCUUGGUCUCGGCCGCCGUCAUGCGCCGGGACCCUGAGCCCGCCAUCGUCGGGCGAGACCCGGAACCCCUUGGAAGACGGGAUCCCUUGGAUCCCCAGAUCUUCGGUCGUGACCCCGACCCCAAGGCCGACCCUGACCCCGUCGACCCUCAGAUCUUUGGUCGUGAUCCUGAGCCCAUGGCCGACCCUGAGCCUGUGGACCCCCAAGUCUUUGCCCGGGAUCCCGAGCCCAAGGCUGAUCCUGAGCCCAUCGACCCUCAGAUCUUUGGUCGAGACCCUGAGCCCAUCGACCCUCAGGUCUUUGCCCGGGAUCCCGAGCCCAUUGAUCCCCAGAUCUUUGGUCGAGAUCCUGAGCCCAUGGCCGACCCUGAACCCGUCGACCCUCAGAUCUUCGGUCGUGACCCCGACCCCAAGGCCGACCCUGACCCCGUCGACCCUCAGAUCUUUGGUCGGGAUCCUGAGCCCAUGGCCGACCCUGAGCCUGUGGACCCUCAAGUCUUUGCGCGGGAUCCCGAGCCCAAGGCUGAUCCUGAGCCUGUGGACCCUCAAGUCUUUGCUCGGGAACCUUAAGUGUGACCUUGGGCCAACAAAAGUCCUUUUACUCUCAGAAGUUCACCGUUCACGGUUUGGGGGUUCAGGGCAUUGAGCAAUAGUAUAUUCCUCCAUCGCGUUUCGACAUAGUUGCCGUUCGUCGGCUCGCUUGGCGGGAUCAAUCAUUUGUUCAGUUCAUGAUGACAAUCUCAUCCAGCUGUGAGCAACUGGAUGUUAUGAUGAUUUGUUUUUGCUUUCUUUAGGGGUUAGGAAACAUAGCAAUUACACUCUUUUAUAAUGUGGUAGUCGAGUCC